AGAGUGAAAGGUAUCAUGGUCAAUUCAAGCCAGUUUCCAUAUUUCAUACUGACUGCCUACCUGGACAUGGGCUAUCUAAAGUACUUAUAUUUUGUGAUUGUUUUGAUGCUGUACAUUGUAAUUGUGUUUGCGAAUGCUUUUCUCAUUGUAACUAUUUGUAUGAAUAGGAGCCUUCAUGAACCUAUGUAUGUUUUUCUGUGUAGCCUGUUGGUUAAUCAGCUGUACGGUAGCGCUGGUCUAUUUCCAUUCCUCCUGCUGCAGAUCCCCUUUGACACUCACACCAUAUCUAGAUCCAUGUGUUUCCUACAGAUCUACUGCUUGUACACGUAUGCAUCGGUGGAGUUUUGUAACCUGGCUGUGAUGUCCUAUGAUAGGUACCUUGCUAUCUGCUGUCCUCUGCAUUAUAAGGCUCGGCUGACCUCUAACAAGGUGGCUCUGUUCAUCGCUCUCAUAUGGCUCUACUCUCUUAUCAAGUUCAUAAUACCCCUUUAUCUGAAUCUUCGUCUAACGCUGUGUGGGAACGUCACAGAUCGGCUGUACUGUCAUAAUUACCACGUGGUCAAACUGGCAUGUUCUGUUACCACAGUUAACAAUAUCUACGGACUUUUUGCAACAUUUCUGACCGUUUUUGUUCCAUUGUUCCCCAUCCUGUUCUCCUACACCAAGAUCCUCAGGGUUUGUGUCGUUGGUUCUAAAGAGACCAGACAGAAAGCAGUGAGUACCUGUAGCCCCCACAUCGCCUCCCUGAUCAAUUUCUCUUUUGGGUGUUGUUUUGAAAUAUUUCAGAGUAGAUUCAAUAUGACCAGUGUUCCCAGGAUAAUACGUAUCGUUUUAUCGCUGUACUUUCUCACCAUCCAACCAAUCUUUAACCCUGUCAUUUAUGGGCUGAGGUUAUCUAAAAUAAGACAGAUGUGUAGAAAUCAGUUUUGGUGUCGGAAGUUAAAGUUAUAA